AUGGGGAAUUGCAUGUCAUCAAAGGCCGUGGUCGAGGAGGUCAAUCCUGCACCUCACCCGGAUGCAAGGCGAGUCUGGAUCGUCUCGACCCCUAUCGAUUCACAUCAAGUGCCACUCGACCUGGUCGGUAUCGAUUCGGACGCUCUCAGAGCAGCCAUGCGAAACCGAGGUAUCGAGAUCGAGCACUGGGCACUCAAAGUCGACCCUCACGCCAGCCAUGCCAAAGCUGAGCCCAGCAUCUUUGACAUCACCGUUCAAGGCGGCAAGAUGGUCUCGCAGCUUCAUUCCACUUCCAGCCCGUACUGGAGAGGAAUCACCCGGCGUGUAGUUGUUGGUUGGACCAUUUGGAAGGACGACGAGAUCUCACAAGCAAGCCACCAGCUUAUUCAGGCUCGACCAAAGUACGACGGCAGAACAAACAACUCGCAGCAAUUGGCGAGACUUUUGGCUCGUCACAUUGACUUUGUCUCGGCGCCGACGCAGUCGAUACAGCAACCGACAGGCACGACCAUUGCAAGCGAUACCGUCGUUGCACAUGCGGAUAGCCCGGCUGGCAGCAUCCUCAAGACCGACUCGACGACGACUCCAGAUGCGCUGACGUCGGCCAACAAUCGAUCUCAGAUGACGCUCGUGUCCGGUGGUGGACAGAGUCAUCACAGUCAGUCGAGCGAAUCAGAUGCCAAGAACGAAGCCAAGGAGAGCAACGUAGCUCGGGUCCCUGCCAGCAUCCGACAAAGUCAAAGGUUGAGUGUCGCACGUCCUCCUCUGAUCCACUUAUCCACGGCUCCGUCGGAAGCGGAUUCGUCGAUGCAACGACCUGGACUGCAUCGAUCGGCAGAGACCGAAAUCGUCAGUGCAUCUUGCACUGCGUCGGUGCGCAUGUCGUUGCCACCGCAACAGCGCCAGCAGCAGGCGUCUUCUUCGCCGCUCAAUCCAUCAUAUCGAACGCAUCGUCAGACGGCUAGCGAGACUCGAGUUGAUGGUCGAGCCCGGACCAACUCGGAGGCUGCCGCUGCGUACUCGACCAUGGGUGCUGAUCGUCGUCCUUUGCGUCCCUCACGCAGACGCAGCGAAGCGCCCGCCGAGUGGCUCGCAGAGGCGACACCAGCAAUCGCACCAGGUGAUGCGCGCCUCCGAUCGGUAGGCGCAAGAUCAGGCGCUGGCCGAAACACGAAUCGCGAUUCCGUCUUGAGUCUCAACGGCAGUAGCAGCGCUACCAAUUCACCUGCAAUGACAAGUUGGAGCCCGAACCGCUUUUCCACUUACGCUUCAACGCUUCACCUGCCUGGAAUGCCUGGAAUGCCUGGAAUGCCGGGCAUGCCGGGCAUGCCAUUGACGAGCUUUGCCACACCUGCACACAUGUCGCCCAUGCCUUCGAUGCCUUCCAUGGCAAUAUGGCCUCCGAGCUCGUCCAUGAUGUUGGCUCCCAAUGGAGGGCAGCUGCCUAUGCCGUACUUUGCACAACCCACUGGCGGCAUGCCGUUCCUGGCUUCCAUGCCGAUGCUAGCUCCGCCUUCGCCUGGAUUUGCUUCGCACACAUCGAGCGCCGUCGCCACUCCUCCAGAAAGCCCUCAUUUCACCACCUCGAAACAGCUGCAUCCACCUUCGCUUACCGACAUGCGCUUCGCUGCUCACACGCACCAGUAG